AUGGCUGGCCUCAUAUAUUGGGGAAUCAGGGUCUAUGAGGACUACGAAGACACCACUUAUAGCAACGAAUUUGGUAAGGUUUUAAGCGAGGCACUUGUUGCCGAAAAUGAGGGCGAUUUUGCAAAAGCCUUGAAACUCUAUCGAAAGUGUCUGGUUGUAUGUGAUAACGAGAUGACCUCGGAACUUGACCAGCAUUACACAGGUGCGGUUUUGAAAGUGGCGGAAAUGUUUGAAAAACUCGAAGAUUUUGAUCACGCUCUUGCUGUUUACAAGACACUAAGUGAAUUUAUGGUGUCAGAGAUUGGAAGGCCAGAUUCGAACCUGUCAAAGAAAAAAUUCGACAUGCUGUUACAGCAAUCCAUGGUUGCCACAAUGAGAUACACCAAUCUUCUGAAACCAGAAGAAAAGUACAAAGUCAAGAAAUUGUUACUGGACAAUAUAGUUAUGGCUCAAAGACGGCUGGCGGAACACUACCCUGCAUUCCUAGUUCUCCUUUACGACCAAAUCAACAGAAGCAUUGUUGACUUCCUUACAGCAGCGGAUCCAAGAGUUCCAAAGUUACCUAACGAGCUGAGAAGCAUCGUGAAGGAAGGGUUGGUGGCCCAACUGGCGCCCCAGCCAGGUCCAGACAUGGCUAAACUCCCAAAGGAAAUUAAACUUUUAAUUACUGCUGGUGAUGCUUGGCUACCGUUUGUGAAAGAACUGGUUUCUUUGAGAGACCAAUUUGCAGACAUUUGCAUUUCAGAAGGAAGUUUAGACGAAGCUUCAUUUUACCUUCGUACUAAUCUGUUGCUCAUGCAAAGCUCGAUCGACGAGCCAGGAAAGUUGACCCUUACACUCACAAAAAUGGGCGUUGUUUUGUAUCUCAUGAGUGAGGAAUACGAGAAGCAUGCAAAACUUCUGGAAAACACAGACCAGAUUGCCAUUAUAGACCAAUUAAGCACGCUCGGUUUCAAGCCCAAGCCAGACACAUCCCAAGGUAAAUUCGGAAACGUUCUCAAUAAAAUCAAAGAAAUAAGCUACAAAGAGUCAGAGGCUUCUUUUCAGCAGGUACUCGAACUUACUGGCAUGAUUAGGUCUGCGUCUUUUGGCACAGACACCCAGCUGCCUGAAUUUGUUACUGUCGGUAUGCAUCUUGCAGAGAUGAUAUCCUCCACAGGUCUGGCAAUGCACAUGUUGAGGGAGAAGAAGUAUGCUGAGAGCAAGAAGCAUUUUCUGCGGGCCCGUGUGCUUGCUCUUAAGUACGACGUGGACGAUUAUCUCAAGGACAUUGACUUCCAUCUUGAGGAGCUCAAUUCUAAGAUGCCAUAA